AGCAAUCAAGCACGCGUGCUAUCGAGCAAUAUCAUACAAGGACGAGAGGAGAUUUGAAGCCAGCAGACGCAUAGUCUCUCAUCAGCAUUCCACAAUUGCCUUUCCAUUAUCAUCGAGUUCUUUCCACGCAAUUUAAAACUCAAACUACACACCCACACACCACCACAAUGUCAACAACACCAAUCCCCAAAAACCGAUCCUCCAGCCCAACAGUCUUCGAACAGCAGCGGGCAGAAUUGGUGAGAGAAAUUGCAGUGGGCAUGGAACAAGUCCUCCAAAACAUCAACCGGCUGAACCGGAACCUGGAGAGCAUUAUUUCCGUGGGAAAUGAAUUCGGCUCUGUGGAAGCGCUCUGGUCCCAAUUUGAGAACUUUAUGGGCAGCAGGCCUGGGGAGGAGCAGAAGGGUGGUGGUGCUGGCGGUGGUGCUGGUGGUGGGGGUGGAGGCGGGCAGCAUCAAAAUGAUGAGGAAGGGAGUCAGCUUCAGGAGGAGGAUCAUCGGUGAUCGGUGAGGAGAAAUGGAUGGGUCUGCGGCUGGGUUUGAGGUUUUCGUUGUUUAUGUGGGUAUGGAUUAGAUUGGUUGAUUGGUGGCGUAUGGUAGAGGAGUUGUUCUUUGUUUUUACUGGUGCUGUUGUAUUGUUUAUUUUCCUUGGGUUAUUUUUGUAUUUUUGCUUUACUCUGGUUGCUAUUGGAAAUAUCGGGAUACGGAUACAAUGGGGGGCAAUAACAGAGUUUAUGAGUUUGGCAAC